CCGACCACCCUGCGCUCUCCUCGUCUGCUGCUGCGUCGCGGCCGGGGGCAUAUGGCGGAUCGGCGGGUGCUGGUGCUGCUGCUGGUGCUGGCGGGGCUGCUGGUGCCCGCGCGCCUCCAGUCGUCUGCACAAGGGCCCGCGCCAUGCCCCGAGCACGAGUUCCGCUGCGCGCCCGGCGGCGCCUGCUUCCCGCGCACCUGGCUCUGCGACGGCCACGACGACUGCGACCACGGGGAGGACGAGCGGGACUGCGCGGCGCCCAGCGCAGAGGCGCCCCCGUGCGGCGCGGGCGAGUUCCGCUGUCUCCAGGGGGGCUGUGUGCCACUGCGGCAGGCGUGCGACGGGGAGCGCGACUGCGCGGACGGCAGCGACGAGAGCACCUGCAGCACCCCCGGGCUCCCGUGCGAGCCCCACCUGUGGCAGUGCAGGACCACCAAGCUCUGCCUGCCCCGGGGGCACCUCUGUGACGGCCACAGGGACUGUCCCGAUGGCACAGAUGAAUCUGCCGAAGCCUGCCAGCUCCGUGAGGCCCUGUCCUCUGUGGGGCCCAGCACAGCCAGCACAGAGACUCCAUAUGAGACCCCAGGACCAUUUCUGCAUCAAGCUCCCUUGUGGGUGAUAGCUACCUUUGUGCUCUUGAGUGUCCUGGUGGGUAUAGGCUGCAUUACUGCAUGGCGACGAUCCGAAAAAAAGAUCAGCUUCACCAGUAUUAGCCUUGAAAAAACUUCCAAGGAACAGCUCGUGCCUGCCAGAAGACCCUCAACUACGUUUCCUUGAUGGGAAGUUCCUGCCUGCAGGUUGGCUCAAUCAUCUUCGCACUUCCUGCAGAUGCUGUUCAGAUAGAUCUUGACAAGUUCUCAGGGGUUUGAUUGGGUGACAGUUGCACUAAAAUAAUUAAGGACAUUCCCCCAGCACAAGUAUAUGUACUGUGGGAAAUUGGCACUGGAGAAUCAGAAAUGACCCUUGUGGUGCUGUGAAAUCAAAUGUGCCAUGGUGAUGGCAGUUCUUGGGAUGCCAUAAUGGUUACCCUAGAGGGGAUAUUUCACAUGUUGCUUCUCACCAGAGAUUAUAGUCGUGAUAUAAUUUUACUGUGCUACAAGUCUUCAAAGUAUUACCUGGUGGCAUUAACCCAUCAAGGAGUUGAAAAAUUGACAUGCUUCCUGUGCCCCUAGGCUUUUCACUGGUGACAGGCUGAGCUUUAGUUCUAGGCACAUGAUGUGGCAUUCAGGACCUAAGCGCUCUUCACUCCCACUGAAGUUUAUGUAAGAACUGUUCUCUGCUUGUGUAUUCAGCCUAGUGUUUCCACCUUAACGCUUGGUUUCCUAGAAGUUGCCUGUUUAAUGUAGUUGGAAGAGCAUCUGAGCAAAUCUUGUCAAAACCAAAACCAGCAGGAGUCAGUUUUGUACUUCAUUGCUUUUAGCUCUUAAUUUUGGUGUCAUAACCAGUUGUUUCCUUCAUGUUAUCCCUUUCUGAAAUCAAUGCAUGCAGUAUACCAUUGGCUUUUCA